UCGCCCACCUUUUGUUUCACUAUCAAUAAUGGCGGAUUCUACAACCAAACAAACCCUUUUCUUCAUCUCCUUCUUUCUCUUCCUUUCCCCCCUUUAUAUCUGCAUCUUUACUUACACGUUCAUACUCACAGGAAACCAAAAAUGGCAACCAUUGCUGCUACCUCCUCUGCUGGCUUCCUGUUUGGGAAUGCUGAACCUUCUCUGCCACAAUACAAUGGCCUAAAGCCACUUCAAAACCUGCAAUUCUCUUCAACAAAUACCUUCAUGCUCACUUCAGCUCCAAAACGUCGAAGAAGCAUCAGGGCAAUGGCUUCUCCCAACGUUUCAGCUCCCAAGAGAGAAACAGACCCCAAGAAACGAGUAGUGAUAACAGGAAUGGGACUUGUAUCAGUUUUUGGCAGUCAUGUUGAUACAUUUUACAAUAAACUUCUUGAGGGAGAGAGCGGGAUAAGCUUGAUUGACAGAUUUGAUGCUUCGAGUUUCUCAGUCCGGUUCGGAGGUCAGAUUCGUGAUUUUUCUUCCAAAGGAUACAUUGACGGGAAGAAUGAUCGUCGUCUUGAUGAUUGCUGGAGAUACUGCUUGGUUGCUGGCAGAAGAGCUCUUGAUGAUGCCAAUCUAGGCCCAGAAGUGCUUGAGAAAAUGGACAGAACCAGAAUAGGAGUGCUGGUAGGAUCAGGAAUGGGAGGGCUAACGGCAUUCAGCACAGGGGUUGAAUCCCUUAUUUUGAGGGGAUACAAGAAGAUAACACCAUUUUUCAUUCCUUAUUCUAUCACCAAUAUGGGUUCAGCUUUGUUAGCUAUAGACACAGGACUAAUGGGUCCGAAUUACUCCAUUUCAACGGCCUGUGCAACUGCAAAUUACUGCUUUUAUUCGGCUGCAAAUCACAUCCGAAGAGGCGAAGCAGAUAUCAUGGUAGCUGGUGGGACUGAGGCUGCAAUUGUGCCAACUGGGUUGGGUGGUUUCAUUGCUUGCCGAGCUUUGUCUCAGAGGAAUGAUGAGCCUACGAAAGCUUCGAGACCCUGGGAUAAAAACCGAGAUGGUUUUAUUAUGGGAGAAGGCUCUGGUGUUCUGAUUAUGGAGAGCUUGGAUCAUGCAAUGAAAAGAGGAGCAACUAUAAUAGCAGAGUAUUUGGGUGGUGCUAUUACUUGUGAUGCUCAUCACAUGACUGAUCCAAGAUCUGAUGGUCUUGGAGUUUCUUCUUGCAUAAGUAAGAGUUUAGAAGAUGCUGGAGUUUCCCCAGAGGAGGUGAACUAUAUAAAUGCUCACGCAACAUCAACACUUGCAGGAGACUUAGCAGAAGUAAAUGCAAUCAAGAAAGUGUUUAAAGACACAUCUGAAAUAAAGAUGAAUGGAACCAAGUCUAUGAUUGGACAUGGGCUUGGAGCUGCUGGAGGAUUGGAAGCCAUAGCAACCAUCAAAGCAAUCACAACUGGUUGGCUGCAUCCAACUAUUAACCAAGAUAAUUUGGAGUCUGAUGUUACAAUGGACACCAUUCCAAAUGUGAAGAAAAAGCACCAAGUUAACAUUGCCAUUUUUAAUUCAUUUGGGUUUGGAGGACACAACUCGGUGGUUGUCUUUGCACCCUUUAAACCCUAAACUCCAUCCAAGUUCUCCCACCCACUAAAGUAAAUUAUUGAUUUGGGUAAAAGUUAGAAUUUGCCUAAUUCAUUGUAGAGGUAAAUUGUGUACCGCAAUCAUUUCGCCUCAUGAUCAGUUUUGAAGACAGACAUUCACACAAUCCCCCUCCUCUUUUUGUUUUCAUCUUUACUUAAACAUUGUGGUUGAUGAGAAUAAACUGAGCAUCUAUUUUUUUUUUUUUUUUCCUUGUACCCAGAUCAACAAAAUGUGCAUUUUCUGUUGCAAUGAAGUUUCCUGUUUUGGGUAAGGAGCAUCGUAUAUUUGGAAAAUAGCUUGCAGAUUCCAGAGGGUUAUUAUAUAUAUAUUAUAUAGUAUGCGGCCAACAUUUUAAGCUUAGCGAGCCUAAU